ACCCUCACCCUCCUCCCCAAAUCAAAACCAUAACCCUAACUAUACACAAAACACACAACCGAGAGAGAGGAGAGAAACAGAGGAAGAAGAACGUCGCCGAUAGAGAGGGAGGUUGCCGCCGCCGCCAAACCAACGAGCCAACCCAUUGCCAUAAACUUUUUGUCCGUCGAGCCACCAUCACCGUCGUUGUCGCUGGGAAGGAGGAAGAAGACGCGCGAGAGAGAGAGCGCCGUCCAGCCAUGUGUCGCCGCCACUGGAGAGUAUCACCUUCGCCAUUGUUGAGGGAGCAGAAAGAGCUCGAGAGAGGGAGUCAAAAUGCGAGAAGGAAGGAGGCCGCCGACGUCGCGCUCCGCUGCUGCCGUGAGAAGCCGCCGCUAUCACCGUCGCGGGCGUGGGGACCGUCGCCAUCGUCGAACUAAGCUGAGGGAGAGGAAAACGCGAUGGAAGGGGAGCCGUAUGCCACCGCCAUUGCUGCAGCCGCGCCACCGCGCCUCUGUCGCCGGAAAACGGCACUGUGGUCGCUGGGAAACGCUACCGGAACUGGCUGAGUUAGCGCUACUGCCGCUGUUACCGCUGAGGUUUUUCGUCAUCACUGAGCUGCUGUUCCACCCCGCCCUAGUUUUCAUUGCUUUUGGCAGGUUCUGUUCCUGUCGGUGAGGGCCAUCGGGGCUGUUGCUGCUCCAUUCCUUUUGUUCCUUUUAGAUUACAGUAAGUAUUUCUAUUUCGAAACCCUCGCUAUUAGUGUUCUGUUAUAAUUUGUUGAAGAUUUUGAGGUAUUUGAUGUCGUAGGAUGAGUACCAUUAUUGCAUGCUAUGUUUGUGGGUGUUACUAGAAUAUGGUAUACGAGACAUAAGCUCUACCUCCUCAGUUUUUUGACAGUUCUUUGAGGAUAACUUAAGAUGGGUAGCUAACGAAGCUCCAACCAAUUUAGCUUGAUCCGUAUUUAAGCAUUGUAACACUUUUGUAAUGUAACUUUGUUAUUUUAACACAACCUACCACAAUGCUUCUCCUUAUGAAUCUCCAUUCCCAUCAUUUUUUUUUUGUUGUAGGCAAGUCCUUUAUCUCAAAUUCUUUUUUCAACUGAACUUUCAACAUACUAAUUUCAUCUUUGUCAUUAGCUGCAAUUAACUUAUCAUCAGCAUACGACAAUAGAUGAAUUUGCAAACCAUCUUGAAGCUCCUUAGAAUAGAUGCAGUUAUCAUAUUAGAUUCUAUUAUCUUAGGUAUUGCUUCAAUUUAUACAGUGACUUCUUCAGCAAGCAAACAUGAUCUUUCUUCUCAGGAUCUAUAAAUCUUUCCAACUGAUUCAUAUAGAUCGUUUUUACAUCAAGAUGUUCGAGCUCUAGGUCAAACAUAUAUAUAGAAGCUAGUAGGACUUGAAUAGUGUUACGCUUCACAAAUAGGAGAGAAUAUUUCAUAGAAGUCAAGAUCCUCGUUUUGAGUAUAGCCUUUUGCUUCUAGUUUUUUCUUGCAGCUUCAAUCCAAGAAUUUUUUACUUUUUUUUAAAGACCCAUUUGUAAUCAAUCGCUCUUUCUCGUUAAGAAGUUUCACCAGUUUUCAUGUUUAAUUUUUGUAAAGAGAUUCAAGUUUCACAUCCAUUGCAAUAGCCAAUGCAUAGGCUAUAGGAACUACCUCUGCUGGAUCAAAUGCAUAAGAUACAUAAUCCACAUAACUUC